ACUCAUAUGGUAGGCCAGGUGAAAACCUUCAAGGCUGUGAAAGAAUUGAGUACAUAUGAAACAAACCUUCAACAUAUGUAUGCUGCCCUAUUGACUACAGGAAUACGAACACACUGGUGCCCACUGUUUAAAGAAAUCAUUUCAACCAGUCAACCGAGUUCGAAUAUGAGCCUAGUUCAUGCGAAAAUGACGACUGCCAAUGAUGAAAAGUAAUGAGGUAGUUGUAUCUGUUGAGCAAACGAUUAAAAAAAGACAUCAUGUUCAAUAUAUAUCCACUUCAAUCAACGACUCUGAUUAUUUCAUGUGUAUUCAUUUUGAAAAUCGAUUUGAUCAUGCACGUGCAACUGUAUAUUACCAACACAACAUCAGUCAUUCAAUAGCAACCACUCUCCUUUCGGGUCUUGUCCAGUUAAAGCCUUUCCCGUACAUCAGUCAAUGCGAUAAGGCCAUUAAAAUACAAACAUCGAGUUACACAAAUAAUCAAUUCGAACUGGAAUACACAUUUACUGAACAAAAUUAUGAUAACGGACAGAUUGUUGCAGUUGACAUACUGGAUAACAAACGCCAUCAUUGGCAUAGUAGGUCAUGGGAUCAAUCUUUAGAAAACCACCAAACAUUAAGAAAAAACAAGUUUCUGUCCUCUUCUUCCCUUUUGUUUCCUUCUUCACCCAAACUAAAUCGCACCAGAGUCAUGUCUUCUUAUCCAGACAAACAACCUUUUUGGAAUGAUGAUGAAGAAGAAGAAGGGGAUGAGGAUUUAAAAGUAACCAGUCAAUCACUCAAAGAUGAGUUACGUAUCGAAGUCAAUGAUGUUCCCGAAUUAACCAUUUCAUUACCGGAUAAUCAUGAAUGGUCCGACAAAUUUGCUCAACUCUGUGUACGAUGUUAUAAACGACCCAUGGCCGCUGGUUAUGUCAUCCAAAUCUUGCAUCCUUAUAAGCUGAUGCAGUAUUUCCACGAGGAACAGGAGGAAACCAUGAAACUGGAUGAACAAGAGGAUAUUCGAGUGCGCGUGGUACUUAAACCAUCAUCUCAGCAUAAAUUCAUUGUGAAUGAUAAUGAAUGGCCCGUGAGAUCUUGGAACUUGUCCACACACGAGGACAGAAGUUGUAGUGCAAGUGAUGAAGAAGAUGAUAUAUUUGUUGAUGGCAUGGAAAAUAUGGAUUCAGCUGUUGUGGAACCAAUCAUUACACCGCCCCCAAAAUUACAAUUCUCGCCUCAAAGUUCAAAUGAUUUCAAGCACUUGUUGGUCGAGCCACCCCUUUUACAAAAGGAAAAAUUAUCCCCACCUACCCAACAACAAAAACACAUUGCUGUACCCAAGAAAGUAAAUAUUGAGACGAUAAGCAAUGUUGAAAUACCACCGCCACCACCUCCACCACCAGAUGACAUUGAAAUAGCAAUUGAGACCAUCCUUCCUGAUAACGACCCUGUCGCCUUGCAGAAAAUAUACCCGCAGUUCUCGGAAUACAUCCAUCCACCCUAUGAACCUGUACUUAUUCAAGCCCCAACAAAAGAGAACGGACAUGUUGCGAUCAAGAAGCUAGAAAUACCCAACCAUCCCAUGGGAGGUUUUUUAAGUGAAUCGACCUGGAAGGAUUGUAGUAUAUGGGACAUUAAGGCCGUACUGGAAAGUGCAGGAGCAAGAAAAAUAUGGGACAAUACGUUUGAAUCUACCACAUUUCUACAUGCGUUGACACCCACGAGCUCUAUUUGGCAUACAAAGAUGAAGGGAGCUUGGCCAGUAAAUCCACGUGACGAUGUCUGUUUCCAUGGUCAGUACACCUCUGCAUACCGUAUCGAUCUCUUGCAGACAUCUUGUAUAGGUGAUUCAUUUCAAUAUAAACCAUUACCCAAGGAAACCUCGGGUUAUAUUCGAGCUACUAUCGACCUUAUGGGCUGGCGAUUAGAACGACUUGAUGCAAACACAGUAUCUACUCGACAGAUCUUAAUCACUCAAUUCCCCACUUGGGUCAUUAAUUUUAUCACCAGCCGUUUCUUGGUUCAGACAUGUGCUGCUGUUCAAUCAGCCAGAGAGUAUUUUCAAACAUUCGGCGCACCACCCAGUCUCGAAAGCCUGUCUUGCGCUUUAUUGGUUAAUUUGAAACAUGAUCACGAACGAAAGAAUUGGAGGUGCGAGUAUACACGUAGAACAGAUACUACCGAAAAGGAAGAAAAGAAAACAUCCGACACCUCGGUCGUACCACCAAGUACGAUAUCCGUGAUCCGACUUGAUAAAAGACGUUGGGCUGGUGGUGCCUCGCACAAUCAUUAUAGUAUCGUCAUUGAUCCACCUCCAUCUCGUGUCACGGCAUUGGAAAAGUUGUGCGAUCCGUACGGUGUUUGGCUCAAUAUUGAGCAUACAGAGGAAUUCAUUAUCCCUCUACGUGGGAAGAUACUUGUCCUGAUUAAACCAGACCAAGUCUCUUCUGGUACCACAGAUAAUCAAUGCCACUUAAAUGUCAAUGGUGUUUCUACCGUCAUCGAUAAAGAAGUAUCACCGGUACCCAUUGCGGAGAAACCGAAAGCAGCAGUGUCGAAACAAAUCGUCAAAGAAGAAGAAAAAAGUGUAGAAAUAGAAGGGGUCAGGGAAAUGCAACCAUCAGCUCUACCGCCAUCACCACAGUUACCAGCUGUUAAACCUAUGCAGACAGAAGAAGAACAGGUCAAUCAAGCAUUGGAUCAACUUCCGAUUUCUCCUCUUGAUCGAGCCCAAGGUGCCCUGGCUUUCUUGAAGCAGACGGAUGAGCAAUUUGGAUGGACAGUGAUAUCCGAAAAUAAUAAGUCUGGAUUAAAGGUGAGUAAAAAGUCCGGCGUAAAGACCAGUAGUGGAUCAUCGCCACCGAAAAAAACUGAACAGGCAUCGGAAGUAGCGGCACCAACAAUAGAGGAUUCAAUGUCAGCCGCAAAACUGAUCGUACCCGAUCCUUAUAUGAUUUAUAAAGCAACCAAGGUGAUUGAAAACUUUUCUGUGGAUGAAGUGACCUCAGUUGUGACAGAUAUAAGUGAUUUAAGAAGGGGUUAUGAUGACACACUUGAACAUAUUGAUCUCGUACGUCAAAUCAAUCCUGGAUGCAGAGUGAUUAGCCAAUCGAUCAAGGCCAUAUUCCCAUUCAAGAACCGAGAAGUGUAUGCUACUUCAUGUCUUGCACAAGAACUGUCCUCACUUCCGUCAUCGCCCAACAAACGCACCAUGUAUGUAGAAAGUUCAAUCCCUGAAUUUCCUGUUGUGAAUAGUAAAAAGACUCGUGGUACCUUGUAUAUGUCAGGCUGGAUUCUGGAAGCAAUCGAUCCUUACACCACGACCAUCAACCACCCCAUCCCCUCCGUGCGAGUCACCUAUGUCACUGCACUCGAUCUAGGUACAUCUGUCCCCUCGUACAUUAGUAAUAUCGUAGCCAAUAAUUGGGCUCCUAAAAAGAUCCAGGCAAUUGAAGCGUAUUUGAAAUCCAAGGGUCCCCCACCUUUCCUUUCACAACCAAACCCAGCACUUGUUUUUUCCAAUAGUACACUUUCUGGGAAUGACGGAGAAGAGUGGCUAUUGAUCCAUACAAAUUAUGAUAAAGACAAGUAUCAAUAUAAAGUCACCAACCGAUUGAAAGUGAAUAAGAGAGCAUCAGAAGAUACAGGUGGGGUUAGUGGGAUUUCUCCAUUGCGUAGACCUAGUACACAUAUCGUUGGCUCUUCUGAUGUUGUUGGCCGGCGUGGAUCCUUACCUGUCAAUGUGCUUCCUAAAAAGCGCAUUGUUCCCACAAUCGCUAGCAAUGAGCCCAAGUCAGCACCUUCCGUACAAUCCUUCCAGUUCUUACAAGCAACCUACGACCUUCGCGCAUUUACCAAAGGUUAUGAAAUAGUAGCCCAGUUAUACGAUAUAUCCGACGAAUCCAAAAGGAAAAAUAUCUCGAGUAAACUAGUAUUGUCUAUUUCUGAACCUUUACUAUCUCAUUUUAUCGAUGGGAAAAAGAAGCCGAUGCGACAUACAGUUACAAUACAUGCUAACAUGACAGUACCUUCCUCUACCUCCAUCUAUGAAUUGGAUUUCUCAUUGAUGCCAGUGCGUGAAGAAACCGUUAGUACCAAAGCCGAGAAAUUAACAGUGUCCAAUGUAUUGGGUGAAGAUGUAGAACAUUACAAUGGUACGAUCAUUGUCAAUGGACAGGAAGCACAGAUUGAAACGGAUAUCGUAUUGAAGUCUCUACAAGAAGACAUGGAUGUGGAUUCGGUCUUGACGCCUGAUGAUAAAUCGAUACGAUCGCAUUUAAAUGAACAUGUUGAAGAUGAAAAUGAUUCGAAUAGUAGUAGUGGAAGUGAGGAUCAGGAUACAGUAGAUGAAGUAGGAGCGCAAUACAUGGGCGGUGUAGCAGCAGCAUUAGGAAACGUGUCUGCCGGUGUGAAUAACUUGAGUGCACGAAUGAUGAAUCCUUUUAGGUCAUCUCGUACAUUUUCAAUUUCGAAUCACGGCAAUGAGCAUUGGUUAGAAAAAAAACCGGAAGAACCAGAUAUGGCGUCUUCUGGCGAUGAAGAUAGUGAAUAUAAACGACGAUUUUUCUCUCGAGAAGAAAAGUAUAAGAUUAGCUCAUCAUCGACGCUGCAUGAAAUUCGAUUGUUGCGAAGGUCCUCAGAUACGAUGCGUAAGGGGAUGCUUUUACUAUUGAUCUGUCUUGGUGUAGCGGUUGUAUUUGCAUUGUUGAUGGUGCAACCAAUGUUAGAAAGGUAUUAUGCUUCUUUUACGGCUUCUUCGACCAUCGGCUCUUUAGAUAAAGCAGUGGAGCAAGGUUUAAUUUGUCGUUUACUUCAAAUACCUUGGUUCGGAGGCUGGGAUAUCCAGAUUAUUGCCAUCAAAAGGAAUGAUGUAUAACAAAAAAGGGGGUGGGAUGAGGAUCACAUUUAUGUUUUAUUGAUAAAAAUAAAAAAAAUCAAGACUUUU